CAUGCAUUUUUAAUUACGGCUCCAACAGCGUCAGCACUGUGCGAUAGAAAAAAUCGCAACCUCAUUGGAUGAUCAACCGAAGCGCUUCUCAUGAAUGAGAAAAAAAAUAUAGGUUGCACACUGUAAGCAAGGCAUGGGAUGACAAGUCGGAGAAAUCGACAGGCAGCCGUGCAAACCUAAAGCAUGCUUUGGGUUUAACAAUCAUUUUUGGAGUAGGCUUAAAUAUACACAGAGUGACAGAUUUUAGAGUUCAUGCCUUUGGAAUCCACAUGACAAGACGCGCGUAUUCCAGAACAAGAGCGUCUUUACAGCGUUCCAUCGUCAGGACGACAGUCGUCUCUUUAUCAAAGUAAAAAAAAUUCUGCGCACAAUUUAAUGGCCUAUACUACGCGAGUGACAUUUGUUAGAGACAUGCUUGAAAGAACGAGCAAGUAUUUUAGUUGAAAAAGCUUACAUCUAUAAAAAUAGAACGACAGCUUCCCAAGUCUGAGCAAAAAAAUAUGGAUACUUGCUUAAGACGUCUGAAGCAGGAACUGACCGUUGUGCAUGCGUCUGGGCGCCAUGAACGGGAAGAAAUGGUACAGUAUAAUGAAUGGUCAAGCUUCCUGCUGCCUUUUCUUUUCAUAUUCAACUGCUGCUUCUUUUAAUAUUCUUAUAUUCAUAUUCCUAACUACCGAGGCGUGUAUAGGCUAUACACUCUCUUCAAACUCCUUUUAAACUGUGAAGGGUGUUAAUUUAAACUUAACCCACAUGGCCAUGGCAAGGCAUGCAAGGUCUGCAACAUUACUAUUCUGUGGCUUCUGGGUUGUCUGCACUGAAUUCGCUUGUGUUGCCCAUGCCAAUGUUCACACAUGUCUGUCUGUGUCUUCCCAUUCCUGGCUCCCUGAACACCCAUGGCACACAGUGGUGGGCCGUCAGGGCCAGCAAGGCCUUCUCUGCUGGCCUAAACAUCAUCAGAAUAUAAUUUUUUUUAAAUAUAUUUUCCCACAAAUAUGUAUUAAAUUAUUCCCCAGAGUAAGAGUUACACUCUUCAUUUCAUAGCGUUCCUCUUGGUUGCACUGCUUCCAGCCCCAGGUUGAGAUUUGGAGGGCUGGUCUUUAUGUUAGAUAUUUUAUCCAAUCAUAUUCAGCCAUCAUGUGUUGCCAGGGGUCUAAAAUCUGCCCUCAGGCCUUCAGAAUCAACAGUGCGGGCGCUUGCAGCUUAAAGUGAAUGGAAAUUAAAAUUUUGUGUCAACCAAUCAGCUUUAGAGUUGGCUAUUGUACACCUGCUGGCUGGCUCCAGUGUUACACAGGAGCCAGCUAGCAGGCGUAGUGCCUGCACGUCUUUUGAUUGGAUUACCAAUAUUGAGAGGCAGGUCCUAUAUGGGCAGUUCUCAGAACUAGGAAACUGAAAUUGAUCAACGAAUUAAUUUGCGUACUACUAAACUGUUUUUUCAACCCACAAUGGCGGAAGGAGAAGAUAUCGAUUUGGUCGAGGAUAUAAUUAUAACGCCAUUCUCAAGACAAACUUUCAAGAAAAGUUAGACAUUGUUAGGAGAAGUAGACGCCGACGCUACAAAGACAGGCUCCGAGAAGCACUGCAAACUGUACUGCUGGGAAUGCCUAUUAUUUGCAAGUGAUCGAUUUGGUGUUUGGAGCCACACUGGCUUUGCAAACCUGAGUUGUCUAACCAAGGCAGCAAUGAGACACCAAAGUACGGCUGGGCACUUACAAACAAUGGUGCUUUUGAAAACUUUUGGGGACACCCGAGUGGAUCUACAGCUCAACAAACAAGCAUGCAGGGCAACGAAGCUGCACAAUGAAAAGGUGUCUAUGAAGGAGGCAGGAGACGGCCUCCAUGCUCAGAUGAACUCCAUGAUGGGGGCUCUUCAGGAACUCAAGCUUCUACAGGUGCAGACAGCGUUGGAGCAGCUAGACAUCUCAGGGAGGUCUGUCCAAAGGGCGGCCCCACCACCAGCAGAGGACACAUGCCCUGGCCCUAUCCCCAGCCCCAAUGCUACCAUUGGCUUUGGCCACAAUGAGACCCUGAGGCCCCCCCUGGUCAGGACAUCCAGCCGGGGGGGACACCAGAGCAGCCUGGGCACCUCGCCCUCUUCCUCCAGCCUGGAGACAGUAGAGACUGAGAGUGAGAACCAGCCUCUCCCCCACAGAGUGUCUGGAUACACCACCCCACAGGUGGAGUACUGUGGCCCACAUCUUAGCCAAGUGUUUCCAGAGCAUCAUCAGCCGGCUCACUCAGGCCAGGUAUUGGAUCUCCCUGGCAUUCUCUACAGCCUGUCCAGGGAAGGCCCCUCGCUGGACAGCGACUACUCCCAGGACAGCAUGGACGACUCCAGAGACUGGACCUCCUCGCUCAUGAGCCGCAGCCGCAACCGGCAGCCGCUGGUGCUGGGGGACAACGUUUUCGCCGACCUGGUGGGCAACUGGCUGGACCUGCCUGAGCUGGAGAAGGAGGAGAUGAUUGGCUGGACCGACAGGCCCGACUCCCCGGCCCACCCUCUCUGUCUCAGCCGCUCCCAGGAGAUCUGCAGGAAGGUCUCUCUGACCACCAAUAUCUUCAAGAAGUUCCUGCGCAGUGUGAGGCCCGACAGGGACAAGCUACUUAAGGAGAGGCCAGGCUGGAUGGUCCCUGAGAGUCAGGAGGCCGAGCUCUUUAAAAGGCCCAAGAAAGUGUCUAAGCAGCAGACCAAGGGGAGCUUCUACCUCCCGUUCUGGGCAGGUGUCGGGCAGCAGGGUAAGGGACGGCCAUGUCCCCAGUUGGCUGAGGAGAGAGAUCCCACGAGCCAGGGCCAGUUCUCUGGGCUUUACAUAGACAGGAGACAAGGGGCCAGAAUGGAGAAAAUGCUGCCCUUGUUUGACUAUAACACGGCUGUGUGGGUGUGAUGCUGACGCUGCUCUAGGAUGCUGCGGUGGUGGCAGGUGUUGGUGAUUUGGCUGGGAGCUCUUGGGUGGAAACAAGGAGGUUUGUGUGUCUGUCUGUCUCCUUCUCCAAGAGAAAAGGCAGACUGAGGGAUGAAUAUCCAGACUAUUUCCCAAUAGAGAGAUUAUCAGGGAAACUGUUUGUCUGACAAUCCUAAGACCUUUUUGUCUGUGACUGUGAGAGCAAGCAGGACUUUCUCUAAUAGAUGGGUUCACCAAAGUUAAUAAGAUUCUAAUGAGUGCAUAAGUGCCCUGGACUAUACAAUAUACGGUACUUCAAUAUGGACAUAAUAAUGCUCUGAAUUUCUCUCGAGUUGUUACAGCAUCAUCAUGGUUUCAAACCUCAACCCUGUUUCAUAUGUUUGAAUUCUACUGUAUACCCAAGUGUAUCCCCACCCUCAUCUCGUACUUCUGUCAGUUGUGACACAUCCUGCAUGGGCACUACUAAAUGUUUCAUCUAUGACAUUGUGAAACAGUCACUGAACUGCCACUGAACACAACCACAGGUGCUUCUCUGCCUCGCUGCCCAGAGUCAGACGGCUGGAUGAAUACACACAGAGUGUAAUAUUGUUCCAUCAGCCUAACUCAGGGAUCGGGAUGUGGCCUGUGUGACCGACUGGGUUCAAACCUGGAUCUCCUGUACACCACAAGACUGUUAGCCCGCUGAGGUAAAGCCUAGGUAUUAGCUUGGGGAGCUAACACAGGUCUUCAGGUCUCAGGCAAGGUUACUCAUCACAUGGUUCCUUGGUUUCGAACCACCUCUGUUACAUAUUCACCAUCCACCUACACACACAGGAUAGGGUAAAGGCCCAGUGCAGUCAAAAAAAUAGAUUUACCUGUGUUUUAUAUAUAUUUCCACACUAUGAGGUUGUGAAAAUGAUUGUAAUGCCCUUUUAGUGUAAGAGCUGUUUGAAAAGACAUGCAGACAUGAUGGCACAUCGUGGCUCUUCAGCCAAUCCUCCUGGAUAGUGUAUUAUACAUGGCAGAGAGAGGGAGUGAGAGCGAAAGAGCUGUGUACCAUCUGGCUGCCUACAGUUACAUAAGGACAAGCUAGCAGCACAGACAAGAGGUGCAGUCAUUCAGCGUAGGCUGUCGGGUGUUUUGAAACCAACCCUAAGCUGUGAUGCUGAAGUUACAUGUAUAUGUCCUAUGUAUGUAAUACCAGACAGGGCCUGGAGACAGGGCCUGGAGACAGGGCCUGGAGAGUUCAUGUAGACAGCAGAGGACUGAGGAGGAGGAGAAUGUUUACAGUGAAUCAUUCCACAUGUACAUGCAGUACUAAAUGUCAUGAUGUCAACAAAGUCGAUUAGCCAUUGUGUAAAGUCAUUUUAAAAAGGGACUUAAAGAGAUGGAGGUUGAACCCGGAAGAUAUGUGGUUAGACCAAGCACUCUUUAUGAAACUGUAUGAAGGAGGUGUUGUGAAGAGAUUUGAGAGAGCAGCAUGAACAUUAGAAUGGUUUAGCAACAUUUGCAAUCAUUUUCCAGAGCUGAGCUCCACAUAUAAUUUCCUCAGGGAAAUCACUGUAAUUACAAAAACUAUUUAUCUUCUUUAGAAAACACACGGUAUGCAAGUACAAUCCUCAGCCCUCACUAGUAAUAAGAGUGGCCUGAGAAGUCAAACAUCACCCCAUCCAUUAAUUCAACAGACAUGAUUAUGAAUGUUCCAAUGUAGCCAUUUUUAUCUCAAUAUCAAAUCAUUUUCUGGGAAAUAAUUAAGUAACUUACUGUGAUUGUUUUCGAUUAAAGUUGUCAAAAAUAAACAAAAAUACCUUCUUAGCAUGAGCAAUUUCUCAAACAAAAAUGUACCUAGGACUGAGUGUGGAUGGGAACACUGUAAACUAGUUGUUAUUGGCAGAGAGGUUUGGAACACUCAUUCAUUGUUAUCUCACCAGGCAGGCCAAAACUCCAUCCCCAAAAAACAGGCUGAAAUUUCAGGCGGUCUAUUCAAACAGCUCUUACACUAAUAGGGCUUUAUCAUCAUUUUCACAAUUUCACAGCAUUACUCCAACCUCAUAGCGUGGAAAUAUAUAUAAAACACAGGCAAAUCAUGUUUUUGACUGUACUGGGCCUUUAAAUAUCUCUUCAUAUACUGAAAACACAUGGGUUUCUUUCAAUAUUCAGGUUGGAUUAUAUUCAGUAAAUCACACACACAGACGGACGGUCUCUAAAAAAACUUAUGCCAUAAGAGCCUCUAUGAGCCUCUCCUGCCUGUAGUCUUAUUCAUAUUUACAGCUAUAAUUGUCAUUUCAGCACUGUUGUUAAAACUGCGGUUCUGCGAACCUCAAAGUGUUACUGAGUGUAAAUUUGCACUGUAAAACUUCCACUGGCUCUUUGUAAAUUAAACUUUUUUCUGAAGAGACUG